UCGGAUCUGGCUCUGGAUUCUCAGCAGGGUUUCCCUGCUCUGCAGACCCGCUCCAUCUCUCCUCGCUGUUCAUUGGUGUGUCCUUAAAUCCGUCUCCUUGCUACUCUCACAGCUGUUGGCUGCCCCAUCCGAAUGUGUGCCACAGCAGUUUGCCACUGGAGAGGAGCUGGUAAAAGGUGAUCGUUUCUGUGUAGGGAGCAAAAUGCAAUUUGCAUGGAUUGUACCUGCCACAAUUUGUUUGUUGAUGUACUUCACAGCAGAAGCAUGCUAUAUAGGAAACGUGUCUGCCAGCAAACUUCCCCACGGUGUUGCAGAAAUAUGUGAAAAAGGAAACAUGACUGCUAACACUGCUGCUCACGUCCAGCCUGGAACCAACAUUACCCUCUCGUGCCAGCUAAAACGACUGAAAUACAGCGAGCAGUGCAAGAUAGCUCUUUUCUUUAACGGUUCUGAACUGACUAGCAAUUAUGGCACUUCAGUAAGCAACACAUUUCCAGUCAAUACGUAUGGCAAACACAUGUUUACCUGCAAAAUAGAUUGUGAAUACAAGAAAAAACUCAUUUGUGGAAUUGAUAUAGAGUCUGGAAAUCCUCCAGAUCAGCCAAGAAAUGUGUCAUGUAUCCAGUAUGGGACAGAUGGCAGCCUUACCUGCACCUGGGACAAAGGAAGGUUUACACACAUGAACACUACGUAUGUGAUACAACUUUCAGACGGCACUGACACCUUGUGCUUUUCAGAAGAAAGCCUGAGUAACAAGUUUGGCUCGCUGGUUCUGAGUGCAAAGUUGAAUUUUGAAUCUACUUACAGACUUGUGGUUGUCGCCUCCAACAAACUAGGAAGUGCUUUUUCACAGCCACUUAAGUUCAUGCUAAUAGACAUAGUGAAGCCCCAUCCUCCAAACGUUUUAGUGGAAUUUGAAAAUUCUGCAACAAAUUGCACGUUGUUCUGGCACAGUGAAGUCCAAGGGCAGCACUGCAGAGUGAGAUACCGUCCAGUUAGCAGUUCCACCUGGAACAUGGUUAAAAAUUUAGAGAGUAAAAAAUGCAGUCUUCAUGGUCUGGAGCCUCAUACAGAGUAUGAAUUUCAAGUGAGCUGUAAAAUUCAUCCUGAGAGGGGACUGUGGAGUAACUGGAGUGCAUUCCAAUCCCAGACUCCAGAAGCAGUACCUACUGGGCUCUUAGAUGUCUGGUACAAAAAGCAGGAUAUAGACUCUCAAAUGCAGAACAUUUCUCUUUUUUGGAAGGCUUUGCAGAAGUCAGAGGCAAGAGGAAAAAUCCUGCAUUACACAGUGACCUUUGAAGCACUCAGCCAGGAGGAGCCCAAAGCAAUAGAAACGAAUGUGACCACACAAACCAGUUACACCAGAGUCACUCCAAAGAUGGACUACAAGAUAACAGUCACUGCUGAUAACUCGAGGGGAAGCUCACCUCCUGCAUCCAUCCUGACCAGCCUGAGCAUCCAAGAUUUACCCUCUCCUCGGAACCUCUCUGCUGUGGCGAUGGGAAAUAACAGCAUCUUGGUCAGCUGGAAACCUCCUGCUAAAUCCACUGCAUCCAUCAAUGGGUAUGUUGUGGAAUGGAUAAACACCCAUAGGAACAACAGCCUGGAGCCCCAUCCAAGCUGGAUAAGACUUGUUGCAUCCAACCUGUCUAUAGUGAUACCAGAGCACAUAGAAGAUAAUGUGUGCUAUCACAUUAGUGUGUUUGCACUGUAUCAGGACAGAGCUGGGCAAGUGAAAUCAGUGCGGGGAUACUCAAGAGAAAAAGCACCAUCAGCUGGGCCACAAGUGUACACAAAGCCACAGACAAACGGCAUCUUGGUUUGGUGGGAAGAAAUCCCUUCCCACCAGCAGAUGGGCUGCAUCACACAGUACAAAAUAUACCUGCAAAAAAAGAACAGUAACGUGGAUCCUUACGUCUACGGUAGGAACCUGGUAAAAACAACGUGAUGUGCAGGUGCUGCUUAUUGAGGGGAGAGGGGUGGUGAAGAAAGAGGCUUCAGGAAGGAGCCCCAGGCAGCUCACCUAGCAGCAAGAUCCAGUUCUCUGCUACAGCUGUUCACGAACAAGGCUGCGUUUUUAUACUCAUAUAUUAAGUUGGAAAUUCUCAGUUAU